ACCGCCUGCGCAAGGCUGAAAGCUGAAGUGCAGGCUGGAGGGGGUCCUGAUAAACCAGCCUGUGUCUUUGAUGUGGACAUCCUGCCAAAUCGCACACCAUGACCGAGAAAGACAAGGUUAAUACGGACAAGUCGGAGACCAGUAACGAGGAGGUGGGAAAGACAUGUGAGCUGCGCGUUCGGCAGCAGCGAUUCGAUCGAAGCGGGAAUGCAGAAGAUGUCGUGGUCGACAGCUUGAAGCUUCCCCGCGGUCAUGGAUUCGACAAACCGUACGCGGUCGUCGUUAACCAGAUCUUUACCGAGAAGAACCUUCUUGAUAAAGAAAUCGCGACGAUCAACUCUGAGCACAUCUUGGAGGCCUUCAGAGAGGUUAUCGGAUCAUAUCCAACGGUAGCAGCCGACUUCUCCGAGCCGUUCGACAUGGAAAGUCCGUUCCAAAUGCUAUUCCAUUUCUGGCACGAGCUGGACGCUUACAAGGAGGCCGUGGAGGACGACGUAGCGCGGAUGCAUAUGAACCUCCUGUUCGACUUCAUGGAGAUAACGAUGGGGCCCGAGAAGAAGAGAGUGGAAACCCAGAUCAAGAAAGGCCAGAUCGAUUUCUCCCGGGCGUGGACCUUAUAUCGGCCGGGGGACAUCCAGAUCAAGUUUGAACAUGACCAUCCAUGGUUGCUUAAGUGUGUGAAGACGGCAUACGAAGAGAAUACAAGACAAGGUAAAUGGAUCGAAGUCCAUUGUACGCACACCGAUUUCGACGGGAGACACGUUGGGGAGGCGACCCUCAUUACCAAGAUCCAUCAAAAGCAAUUCUUCGCUUCAGAGAAUCCAGCCAACAUCAAGGAUUUGCUCGUAUAUCCGCGAAAAUAUUACAACGAGGGGGAAAGUCUGGAGAGGCGCCUCACCGAGCGGGGUGACCGCUUUCUGGCUUUGACGGAAACCUGCGUUCGUCAGUAUGAUGGUCUCGCUGAGCACAUCAAAGAGCCCCCAUACAGCUUCUGGGACCCGGACAUGGCGCUUUUCGAUCCGGUUUGGAUUACGUAUAAAGAGACGGGAAGGAUCAUGGUCGACCGCAAGACGUUCCAGGAGGAUAAAAAUCUGACGCGGGUUGCCAUCCCGGCAUCUCAAGAGGACGUUGACAAGAUCCUUUGUCCGCCAUUCGUGUACGGCUUCUCAUUGGCAAUCAAGGAGUGGUGCCGUUUUUACCUCGAGUACAUUCGUGAUGUACAGUGGAACAAGGGCUGUAUGGAUGCUUUAGUUAUGAAGGAAGAGCAGAAAUCCUUAUUGCAGGCGAUGGUCUCGAGCCACGACUUCCCAGAGAAUCCGCGCGACCAGACCAAGCAGAAGGGCAAAGGACUGGUAGUUCUCCUGCACGGUUCGCCAGGUACGGGCAAGACUUUGACUGCUGAAUGCUGCGCCGAAAUCACUGGCCGAGCGCUGUUCAGCACAAGCUUGGCGGAACUGAAUAAAGAGAACUUUGCCUGGUAUUUCGAACGUCGGCUGGUCACGGUCCUGCAGUACGCGACGAUAUGGAGAGCCUGCGUCUUGCUGGACGAAGCAGAUGUGUUCUUGGAGCAGCGAAGAGACGACGUCGCAGAUUCAUCCGAGCGCAACGGACUAGUCGCCGUCUUCCUCCGACACCUGGAGUACUUUAGCGGUAUUGUCUUCCUGACAACGAACAGGAUUCACGUGUUCGAUGAAGCCAUGAAGAGUCGCAUCCACCUCGCUCUAGGGUACAAUCCACCUGAGCUCGAAAUGCGUCGCAUGCUGUGGACCAAGAGCCUGAAAACAGCAACCGGGGGCGAAUUGGAGGCCGAGGUGGAGGAAGCGAUCGACGUCUUCAUCCGCACCAAUCUCAACGGAAGAGAGAUCUCGAACACUAUCAACACGGCACAGACUCUUGCGAGGUUCGAAGGCGGCAGGCUUCAUCUGAAGCAUAUUGAGCAGGUCCUGAAUGUCCGGAAGGAAUUCGAGAUGGGAUUGAGGAAAAUGAUCAAAGAUGCAAAGAGGACGUCCACUGGGCCGAUUGCGAGGCGAGGAUCGAUGUUGGGCACGAUGUGCGAGGAGCCAGAGGAGUUGGAAGGAUGAGGUUAGAACAGAGAGGGGAUGUGAGGGAGAGGACAGGUUUAUAAUGGGGGACGCCCAAGCUUUCGGGCUAGACCGCUUUUGACUAGCUUGCUCUCAGCGAUCGCAACCUGCGCGGGCGCUAAAACCAUCUCACUCGUUCACUUGAUGAUUAGAGACGCUCUGUUUAUUACGAAAAUAUGAAGACUUGGC